AUGAGUCAUCGAACCAGUUACAACGUUGCCACUAUAAACAUCAACACGAUCACCAACGAAACAAAGCUAAAUGCGCUCCGAACCUUCUGCAGAACGAUGGAUCUCGACAUCGUUUUUCUUCAAGAGGUGGAGAACGAGCAGCUCUUCAUACCUGGUUACAACGUCGUCACAAACGUUGAUGAGUCAAGGAGAGGGACGGCGAUAGCGUUGAAGGAGUAUAUACGCUUCUCUCACACGGAGAAAAGUUUGAACGGAAGACUUAUUGCCCUUAGGGUUGAAAACACGACAUUAGCCAAUAUCUACGCACCGUCUGGCACCGCAAUGCGUGCCGAACGAGAAAUUUUUUUCAAUGAAACCCUCGCUUUUUAUUUACGGCACAAUACAGAAAAUUUGAUUCUGGCUGGCGACUUCAACUGUGUGUUGCGACCUUGUGACUCGACGGGCUAUAACAACAGCCCAGCUCUUCAAGCCACCAUACGGCAACUGCAACUGAGCGACAUAUGGGUAAAAUUGUAUCCCACGACUCCGGCUCCCACUUACAUAACGCACAACUCCGUCUCCAGGCUCGACCGAAUUUAUGUCACCAAUGGACUCAUUACGCAUCUGCGAAAUGCGGCCACACAUGUGUGCUCAUUCACGAACCACAAAGCACUAACUACUCGAAUAUGCCUCCCUAGUCUCGGUCGCGAACCUGGUCGCGCCUACUGGUCAUUACGCCCCCACAUUCUGACAGUAGAGAACAUAAUUGAGUUUCAGAUCUCAUGGCAUUAUGUGACCCGACAACGAAGAUAUUAUCCGAGCUGGCUCACAUGGUGGAUAUCAUACGCUAAGCCGAGAAUCCAGUCUUUCUUCCGACGGAAAUCUCGUGAAGCGUACAGCGUAUUCUACGCGGAGCACCAACGGCUGUACAACCAGUUGAAGCAAGCGUACGAUGAAUAUUUUCAAAACCCAGCGAUGCUAGUCACAAUAAAUCGUGUGAAAGCACAAAUGCUAGCACAUCAACGUAGGUUCUCCCAACAUUUUAUGCGCAUCAACGACACCUACAUUGCAGGGGAAAGUAUCAGCACCUUCCAGCUGGGUGAGAGACGACGGAAAAAAAAUACCAUUACAGAGCUGCGUGGCGAAAACGACGAAAAUCUGAACAACUCCGAAGCGAUUGAAAAUCAUAUGCAUCGAUAUUUUACGGGAUUGUAUACAGCGUCAGAGGUGGAUGAGACAGUACGGUAUCCUUUCGAAUGCGAGAGGGUGAUUCCCAUAAAUGAUGGUUUAAAUGAAGCCUGCAUGGCCGAAAUUACAACAGCAGAAAUAUUUGCAUCGAUCCGAACAUCAGCUAAAAAGAAGGCUGCAGGGAGCGAUGGGUUACCAGUUGAAUUCUACGAACAAACGUUUGACGUAAUUCAUCGGGAGUUGAAUCUAGUGUUGAACGAGGUUCUAGUAUCCUAG